AGCUCAACAGAUUUUGUGUGUAGUUCACAGCUUGAUUCAUUUCUGAUAGAAUAUGAUAACUACCCCGAAUAUUAGUUUAACACCAACUGUUGCUCCUCCAGUAGAUUUCCCCAUAAUUGGCAAUUGUGAUUUUCAAGCCCAACUAUGGCAUCUAAUGAGUCUACACCUACAAAUGCAAAAGUCUUCAGCUGCAUCUACUUCGUCCUCUUCUAGUUCGUCAACGUCCUCUGAAAAUCUGAAGAAAUCUCCAUCAUCUGUACAAAAUACCUCUGUAUUCUCAAUAGACAAUAUUCUAAACUCUCAAAAAGUUCCAAAACUAGAAUUGGAAAACGAUGAAGAUGUAUCUUCAUCUCCGUCUCCAACAUGUUCUACCACUGGAUAUACAUUGGAUUCACUUCAAAAUUUGGAUAGAAGAAGCUUGAAUAAAAAAGGACCAUCCUCUCAUAACAGAUGUGUAUGUGACAAAUGUGGGAAAAGCUACGCAACAACUUCCAAUCUCAGUCGACACAAGCAGACGCACAGAGCUUUGGAUAGUCCACAUGCCAAACAAUGCCCUCAUUGUGAUCGAGUCUACGUCAGUAUGCCUGCACUAAGCAUGCACAUUUUAACACACAACGCUUCUCAUGAAUGUAAUGUUUGCGGGAAACGAUUUUCGAGACUUUGGCUGCUCCAGGGACAUCUUCGUUCUCACACAGGUCUUCGGCCUUUCUCUUGUGCUCAUUGUGGAAAAUCAUUUGCUGAUCGGAGCAACUUACGAGCGCACAUGCUAACUCAUACAGGUGACAAACGAUUCGAAUGUGAUAAAUGUGGUCGUCGAUUUGCCCUGCGAGCUUAUUUAAAUCGUCAUUUGGAAACGUGCAAAUGACAUCCAUGUUCAACCAGACCUCAAGCUCUUCUAGUCAUUUGCAAAUCGUCUAGUCUCAUAUUGUAAAAUGCUUAUUUGCCUACUUACAAGCUUUAUUACAAUACAAUAAAUAAUUUGGACAAAAA